GUCUUCACUCACAAGUCGGAUGUCUGGAGUUUCGGCGUUAUGCUCUGGGAGCUCUACUCCUUCGGCCGUCUUCCAUACCCCCGCUUGAUGACAAACCAAGUCCUGGCCCAUCUUGAAGCAGGAGAACGAAUGGAAGCUCCACAGGACUGUCCGCGUUUCAUAUACUCUCUCAUGCUGGAGACAUGGUCCGCAGAGCCCUCUCGACGACCCUCCUUUGAAGCGAUCCUUGCAAGGCUCCAAAGUUCGCUUAGUAGAGAGGAUUUAGAGUAUGCCGCUGCCUUCCAACAACACAGCACUGGAGAUACUAGCGGAAGUAGCGCCUAUGAUAUCAUCUUUGAUGACAAAGUCGCUUAA